AUGCGAGAAACAACAUCACCUCAUAGAUAUAUCGGCGAACCACCAAUAGAUGAGACAGAAAUAUUGCUGAAAUGGCUGAACUCACAAAUUUUUACAUCUUCGGACUACCAAGAUGUCCAGAUCCCAACCGUGGUUCAGAAUUUAAUCAGGGACUGUCCUGAUUCACACUUUUUCUUGCCCGUAUUUCAAAGGAUCUUAUACGCAAAAUCAAAACAACUGAAUAAAGUUUAUGAUGGUAAUGCAAUCAACUUUCUAAAGUGGAUUGAAUCAUCGUCGACGCAUCUGGGACUAUUAUAUCUCAUUUUCAAGUUAGGACAAACUGAUAUUACCCUAUUGAAGAGAACUGAAUUUGCAAUCUACCAAGGCUUUAUUAGAUCCAUUUGGAAUGAUAUUAUAAGUUUGCUUAUGGAGCCCUCUUAUGAACUUGAAUUAGUUCUAAUCUCCAAAGUACUGGGGAGAAUUAACUUAACAAAUGAUUUAGAUAACUUGAUCUACCAGGUGGUGAAGAAGAGAAUAGUCGAAAAAAUUGAAACCCUGUACUGCGAUGAGCCUGUAUAUUCAAAGCUUGUUAUAUGGUUGGAUAUGGAAAUAUAUCCUGGAUUUCAUUCAUUUGUUUCCUUGAGAAAUAGAAACGAAUUCUAUCAAUGUAUUAAUAUGAUUGCAAAGUCUAUAUUAAUAUCAAGGCGAAUUCUGGAUAGUUACGAGCUGGUUGAUAGUUAUCCAAAAUCCACUGAGACAUUGAAAGAGUUCAAUGUAUGUCUUGCUAAAGAAGAUCAAAAGGAAAUUCUUGUAAGACAAUUUAUAAAUGAUUUGAAUACCAAACUCUUAAUCCCAAGUACCAAUACGGUUGACAUUAUAAUAUACUACAUUAAAACGAUACAUUCCUUUUUGAUUAUUGAUCAUCGUGGUGUCUUGCUUGACAAAGUCACUCGACCAAUCAGGCAGCAUUUACGUAGCAGAGAAGAUACAGUAGAAAAGGUGGUUAAUGGCUUACUUGAUAAAAACAAAAGGACAAACAGGUUGAUAGAACUCAACGUCCAGCUACAGAAAAUAACGGAGGACAAUUUUGGGACAAAUUCGCUUUGCAGUUUACAAAAGAGAACUUUGAACUGGGAGCCAGAUCCGGUUGAUGCCCUCCCCGAUUUCCAGGUCGGUAAGAUUGAUGACAUAAUUGAUUCUCUAACAACGAUUUUUGAGGACAGCAGCGUAUUUAUAAACCAGUUUGUCAAUAUUUUCUCGAGGGAACUGCUUUAUACCACUGGUUAUGACAUUCAAAGUACCCUACAAAAAUUGGCACUAUUGAAAGCAAAGUUUAGCAAUGAUGACUUUAGCAAGGUUGACAUCAUGAUUAACGAUAUUAAAAGAAGUAAGGAAUUAGAUAAAGAUCUUCAUUCGAAUACAGAAAUUGGAGCUGUUCAUGGAGUCUUUUUGAGCCAUCUAUAUUGGCCAAAUUUGCCGGAGGAAAUACCUUCGUUUGUCCUACCCGAUUAUCUGCUAGUGGUCCUCAAAUCAUAUGAGGAUGUUUAUACACAACAAAAACGAAAAAAAGAGCUCAGAUUACACCCUCAGGUAUCGUUGGCCACGCUAGAUAUCUUAAUACGGGGUGAAACUAAGACUUUUACGGUCUCAUUCGAUAAAUUGGCUGUUAUCAAUUAUAUCUGCGAAUCCAAAAUACCAGUUGUUAAGCUUGGUAUCUUGUUGAUGAACUUGAAAAUGCCCUUACAAAUAUUGAAAUCAAGCUUAGAGUUUUGGGUAAAUGAAGAGGUUUUAGUGGAGCAAGAUGGUGGAUGGAAGGUUAAUGAGUAA